UUUGUACAGAUGGAAGGGUUCAUCACUGCGAUUGUUGAUCAGUAUGCGCAUGUGCUAAGACGGGGAUACCGGAAGGAGCUGUUCAUUGCACUAGUGUGCUUUGUAUCAUUCCUUGUAGGGUUGAGCAUGGUGUCAGAGGGAGGGAUGUAUGUUUUCCAAAUAUUUGAUUAUUAUUCUGGAAAUCGGGUAAUGCUUCUCGUUGCGUUCUCGGAAUGUGCAGCAAUAGCCUGGAUUUACGGAAUCAAUCGAUUCUACGACAACGUCGAGAUGAUGUUUGGAUGGCGUAUCAGUCGGUAUAUGUGGGUAGCGUGGACGAUUCUUUCACCAACGUUUUGCGCA